ACCGCGAAGCGAUUUUAGAUAAGCUAAUCUCUUCUCCUUCUCGUUGGAAAUUGGCUUUCGUUCAAACACGGUUUAGUCCACGAUCACCCAAGAUGGUUCAUUAAUGUGUAGUUUUCCCAAAAAAUGUUUAACCACAUUAAAUUGUUGUGGUUUUGUAGUUGAUCGAUCCUGGCGGUGACUCACAUUCAUUAUCAGCAAAUGCUACCGAUGACUGUGGCAAAAUUUCGGUCCAGUUCGGCCCUGCACAAGGAAGUGGGAGAAGAGUACAGAGGAACCAUUUACCAUACGCGGAAUUGCAGCGACUAUCCUUUGCGACCACUUGUCCGAUCAAACUUCGCGCUUCAUGCUCCAAGUGGUAUUUACUGCUGCUCCAGUCCCAUCAACGGCUUAAACGGUGAUUCUAUCUAAAAAGAACCGAUUGUGCAAUUAUGGCGUCGCUUAGUAUUUCGUUGACGGAGCAGGAUAACACACUGACCCAGUUUCGCAACUGCCGCGUACUACGCAGUCACCAACUGGUAACGGAUGAUCUUUGGGUGCGUGAUGGGAAAAUUGUCGAUCCUGAGAAGGUGUUUUUCGACGAGAAAAGGGCCGCUCACGUGAAGAUCGAUUGUCACGGUUCUAUCAUCGCACCCGGAUUUAUCGACUUGCAGAUCAACGGUGGGUAUGGGGUCGAUUUCUCUUUCGACGUUGACACCGUUGAACUAGGAGUGGCAAAGGUGGCCAAGGGUUUGUUGGCGCACGGUGUUACCUCGUUUUGUCCAACGUUAGUCACUUCGCCUCCUGAAACAUAUCACGCCGUUCUACCUAGGAUCAGUAGACAGCCUGGUGGGCGAAACGGAGCGACGGUGUUGGGCUGCCACGUCGAGGGUCCGUUCAUUAACACGAACAAAAAAGGAGCUCACCCACCGGAAUGCAUCCGGGAGUUUAGUGAGGGCAUGAAGACCGUGCGUGAUGUUUACGGUUCGUUGGAAAACAUACAAAUCGUAACACUUGCCCCCGAGAAGGCAGGCGCUUCGGAAGUAAUACAGGAACUCAGUCGCAGCGGUGUUACGGUUUCGGUAGGACACUCAAUGGCCAAUCUGAACGAUGGGGAAAAUGCGGUUCACCAUGGUGCAAGGCUUGUGACGCAUCUUUUCAAUGCUAUGCUUCCGUUCCAUCACCGCGACCCCGGACUAGUAGGACUGCUGACGACAGAUAACAUUUCAGAGGACAUUCUCGUAUACUUCGGCAUAAUUUCUGACGGUGUUCACACACAUCCCGCGGCGUUACGGAUUGCGUAUAAAACACACCCGGCGGGGUUAAUAUUGGUAACGGACGCCAUCUCGGCGAUGGGUCUUUCGGAAGGACGACAUCGUAUAGGGCAGAUGGAGAUCGAGAUCCGCACUGGACGGGCGUACGUAGCCGGAACGGAUACCCUCUGUGGUAGUAUCGCUCCGAUGGAUGAAUGCAUUCGAUUUUUCAAAAAAGCUUCCAGCUGUUCGAUUGAGUACGCACUUGAAGCAGCGUCGCUGCAUCCUGCCCGAUGUUUGGGAAUCGAGAAAACGAAGGGAAGCCUGGAGUAUGGAGCGGAUGCCGACUUUGUGCUGCUCGAUGAUGGAUUGAACGUGCAAUCGACGUGGAUUGCCGGCGAGUGCGUUUACCGUCGGAACGGAAAUUUGAUCGCGAACGGCGUUUGACAGCGAAGGCCAUUCGCUUACAAACCUUUGUGCAACGGAUAAUCGUUUGGAACAAUUUCAUGUAAAACACUAUCGCCAUGAUAGUUGUAAACGAUUUUUACUGAUGAAACUCCGCUCGUGCAUUACACAAACGAUGGUGCACAAAGAUGAAUAAAUUUUAAAGGAAUGAUAGAG